ACCAGUCAAAACUCAGCUUUAAACCAGCUGUCCAAUCAGAAGGUUUACAAGGAGGCAGGUGGGCGGGGGUGGCCAGCUGAGUGGCUCCACCGCGGCUGGACGUAAACAUUGCUUGAAGAUGGGCACAAACCAAUCCAAAAUUAUCCUUUUUUGAGCCAUGGCAGUUUGGGCUUGGCUAGUGUUGGGAGCUGCACUGCUGUUUGGUUCAUUUGGUAUUAAAGCUUGCCUGGCCCUUGUAGUAUCUGCCAUAGUAUUUUGUGGAGGGUGGGUGGUUGCUGUACGAUGGUGUAGCCUUGUGGAGAGUGAGGAGCUGUGGCUUAACAUACACAGGUCACACCUCCCACUGCCUUGCGCUCAACAUGAGAGGGUUGUCAGUAGUAUACAGCUUAGUAGUAGUACUGAGCGACAAGAUCGAAGAGUAACAGGAUCCAGCCUUAUAGAUGAGCAACUUCAGGGGGUGGUGACACUUGUAGUGCGUGACUUCAUUCUCACUUGGUAUAGCCAUCUCUCUUACCACCAAGCUUUCAUUACUCAACUACAUCGCACCAUACAACACUCUAUGAUUGUCCUUGCAAAUAGAUGUAAAAAUAUGGAUUGGGUUGGCUAUCUUACUACUCGACUUGUUGAUGACAUUGCCUGUCAUUUACGGUUGUUUAGAGAAGCCAGAUCUGCUGCACGUGGAAAGGCCACUAGUGAAGAGUUGAUUGAUCAUUUCUUCGAAAGAGAAGCAGAAAAAGAAAAGGAUUUAUGUCGGGAUGAAGUAUGCUUAAAGCCAGAUGCAGAAAAAGAUUAUUUAAGUGACAUAGUGGAAACCAUUUUGUACUAUGUUCUACCUCCUGAGGACUUCUCCAAUGCUCCUUUAUGUUCUGCUGUGGUGGAAAUUCUGGUCUCAUCAGUCAUCAUGCCAGUUGUUUCUCUCAUCUCAGAUCCAGACUAUAUUAAUACUCUCAUUAUAUGGGCUUGCACAGACAUUCCAAUAACAUGCGAGUUGUUUGUUAAUGUGAUAAAAACAACUAAUAACUUAGAAGAAUUAGAUGCCGUAAGAAGCCUAGUUGCUAAAGAGAUGGCAAAUUUGAGAUCACGUGAUUCUGGAGGCCGUGAUGAAGGGACUGAGGUGAAGCAGCAGUUAGGAAGUCUGGAGUUUGUAAGACGUGUCAUAGACAAUCGCAUUAACAGAAUAGACAAAGGGUCAGAAACUGAUUCCAUGGGUUUGCCUGUAAAUUUGGACUACCAGCAUUUAGCUCGUGGGAAACUGUUUCAGCUGCCACUGGAGGCAAUAUUAAAGAAUAGUCUCACUCUGGAUCAUUUCCUCAACUACAUGGCUUCAGUUAAUGCUCAGCAUUAUAUCAACUUAUAUUUGAACAUUGAAUGCUGGCGCACAACAGUUAAUGAAAGACUGUGUGCCUUGGAACUGGAGAGGUUGCAGCACCUGGAAGAAUCAGAAGUCCAGGGAGUUGGGAUGACCAUGCCAGACCUCUGCCAUGAUCACUUUUCUGCACACGACCUUUCAUCUCAUAAAGAAGAAGCAGAGAUGAUUUAUGAACAAUAUCUUUCUGAAAAAGCCAGUCCAAGAGUGGCAAUGGAUGAUAGUAUAGUUAAGAGACUGAUUCUCCGUAUGCGCUCUGAGAAGGUCACAGAAACCUGGUUUGAUGAAGUUCAGACAGCUUUGUUUUUGACAUUACAGGAAGCUGAAUUAUUUUUACCUGCAUUUAGAAGAUCUAUGUGGUAUAUUCGCCUAUUAGCAGAAUUAGAUUUACUAAAAGACGCGUCAAGAUCUGAUGAAGAAGAUUCUCAGUCUCUUGAUGAUAUCAGCUUCAACUCGUUAGAACAAGCAGAAGAAGUUGAUGGAUCGAUCCAAGUAUCAUUGGGUGGUGGUUUCUCUGGAGAUGGUCUUUCUCUUGGAUCAAGUCUCUCAGCUCAAUCAAAUGACAACUAUCUUAAAAGUGUUUCCCGAGGGUCAUCUCGAGCACAAUCACCACAGCCAGGAGGAUCGCUGCAUCCAUCCCCAUGUCACACUCGCUCUCCCAGUCUAACAUCAAAAUCUUAUAAUCUAACUGCAAAGAUCAUUGACACAGAAAUUGUUCGAGAAGGAAGUAAAUCACAUGCUAUCUACAUUGUAAGUGUAAUGCGCAGAGAUGCAUCAUGCCAGGAAGAACUGUGGCAUGUAUUUAGACGCUAUUCCGAGUUUUAUGACUUUCACCUCUCUAUUACUACAAAAUUCAUGGACUUGUCAUCAAUAUCAUUUCCAAGUAAAAGAAUGCUAAAUAACUUGGCUGCAUGGUUCUUAGAAAAGCGUAAAUCUGAAUUGGAUGAUUGGCUGCAGACAAUCAUGGCACCAGCUAACCUUCAGUCUCACCCAGGCCUACAAGAGGCCAUCCAGCGCUUUCUUGAUCAAACCUCUUAUUUCUCUUCACAACCUCAGAAUCUUGCCAAAAAGGUUGAAGACAAUUUAGUCGCUCCAUUGAAGUUGGGUGUGCACAGCAUGAGCAAAGCUGUGCGAUCAAUGCCAGACACAGUUCUCAACACUGUAGAUGGCAUGGUGGAUGGUAUUUAUAGGCGCUUCGUGAAGCCAACACAUCCUAGACUCACUGCCAGUGCUGAUUAUGCACAUAGAGGAUCAUUAGAUCUUGAGGUACAGUAUGUUGGAAAGGUAGCAAGCAAAUGA